CUCGCAGGGUGCAAUAUGUGCUUGAACACCGGCUACCAGUGCAGCUGUCUGAGCGACGGAAACCCUUGCGAACCCUGCAGGAUGAGCAAAGACGCAAACACUCAGGGACAGGACUCCUCACACGAAGGCGUGGCGGAGAACACGGGCGAGCAUGACCACCCGAGCAAGGAACCGGUCGAUUCUAACAAGGAACGGGACAGAAACUGGGGAUGGAUUCUGUCCGGGGUCAUCUUCAUUAAUAUCCUGAUGCUGGGUAUCGCGCUGGUGAGCGGCAGUGCCUACGAGCACGUAGACAUCAGCAUGUCUGACCUGCAGGUUUUCCUUGUGAUCAUCCUCAUCCUCACCUGCAUCUGGAUGAUCUACUACAUCAUCAACACGGCCAGGAUCGAUAACGCCGUGGCUUACAGGGACCAACACGCCGGACCCGUGUGGCUCAGAGGAGGAAUGGUGCUGUUUGGACUCCUCAGUAUCAUCAUGGACAUUUUCAAGAUAGCCAGCUAUGUCGGCUACCUCCACUGCGAUUCGGCCAUCAAGAUUGUUUUUCCCGUGAUCCAACUUGUUUUCAUUGUUGUCCAGACGUACUUCAUGUGGGUCCACGCAAAAGACUGCGUACAGCUCCAAAGGAACCUUACACGAUGCGGGCUGAUGCUGACCCUGUCCAUUAAUCUGGUUUUGUGGAUGGCUGCGGUCACGGACGAGUCGCUCCACCAAACGGGCGACCACGGCGGCGGCCACGGCGGCGACCACGGCGACGACCACGGCGGCGAUCACGGCAACGACACGCACGAAACCGACGACCACCACGGCAACAGCUCUCAUAAACUAUUCGGACGUCAGCUGUACAUCAGUAAAGCGAGUUUUGGAGAGGACGAUUGCGAGUGCAGCCACACGUCCUGCACCCUCUUCAAAGAUGCCUACUUCUACCUCUACCCCUUCAACAUCGAGUAUAGCCUCUUCGCCUCCGCUAUGGCCUACGUCAUGUGGAAGAACGUGGGACGACUGGGCGAGGCCCACGACCCGCACAGCCAUGGCCACGCCCACAAGUUCCACCUCAAAGAUGCGCUCAUUGGCCCCCUGGUGGGAGUCCUCCUGGUGUUCGCAGGCCUGGCCACCUUCAUAGUGUACGAGAUGGACAUGAAGGAGGACGAAGGGGACGACCACAGCAAGAGAGACCAAGCGCUGCUGAUCCACUUCAUCAUAAACAUCGUUAUCAUAAGCCUCAUGCUGGUGGCCACGUUGAUCGGAGCGACCAUCUACAAGCUGGAUCGCCGGGAACACGACUCCGAGAAGAAUCCCACGCGGAGCUUGGAUGUGGGCCUGCUGGUGGGAACCUCCAUGGGGCAGUUCAUCAUCAGCUACUUCACCAUAGUCGCCAUGGUGGCGUCCGGAGCCAAGGGCCACCUGAACAGGCUCAACCUGACCUGGGCUAUACUGAUGGUGAUCCAGAUCGGGCUGCAGAACUUCUUCAUCGUCGAAGGUCUCCACCGGGAGCCUUUCCACGAAGAGCAACACGAGCAGAUAACCUCGGUGACGAACAUCUACGCGGUGGAGCACUACAGCAAAGAGCUAUACGGUCUGGAAGGAUCGGAAAUAAGGUUGAAACCCGAGCCGGAGCCGUUGGUGGUGACCCCGUUCGGCCACGUGGUGCACUACCCGCGCAAAUUGACGUGGAAGAGGCGGAUCCUGAAGGAGGUUUCCGUCUUCCUGCUGCUGGCCAACAUCAUUUUGUGGAUCAUGCCGGCAUUCGGCGCUCGCCCCCAGUUCGACCACCCGGCCGAGACGGAAUUCUACGACUUCAACAUCUGGGCCGCCAUCGUGAACGUCGGGCUGCCUUUCGCCAUCUUUUACCGCAUGCACUCGGUGGCCGCCCUCUUGGAAGUGUUCGUCAUCUCAUAAGCGGACAACCUCGGUGGCGAACGAUUGUUUGUUCAUUCCCUUUUUCGAUCAAUACCAGCAGUCCUCAAACUUUUUUUGUGGACUGGUUUCCCAUAAAGCAAUCAUUUCACGGACCGGCAUGGAAACAAAUGAAAACAAAUGAUUCAAAAUACAACUUAUCAAUGUGCUUAAUGUAGUUUUGGGUGCCGGUCCCAUUUUGGUGUAAUGGGAGACAAUGACACUCGAAGUGUGUUACUUAUGUCCAGUCUAUUCCGUAACUUUGUUUUGGUGUCAUUCCAGAAACUCACACUUCAUAAAACAGGAUGUUGUAAAGACAUUCAGUGCAUUUUUGGCCUCACACCACGUGAUGCCUUGGUGCGUGAGAAUCGCCUGUAGCGCUAAACCCGUAUUUUAAAUAGGACUGCCGAUUGUCUUUAACACAGUUGUGGGCUUUUUCUUCUUCUGGCUCAUCGUUUGGUCUUUUCCCAUUACUUACUUUGUUUUUACAUACCGUAUCGCGUGAUCGACAUUGCAAAGGCACGUGAUUUUCACAUGAAAAUUUCUUUAAGACUCGGAUGAACUAUAAAAUAUUUUUUUUGUUCAGUCGCUUUGUGCGGCCCGGUACCGAAUGGCCUACGGACCGGUGCCUGCAGGUGGUUGGGGAUCUGAUCUGUACCACUUACCCUAUUGAGGGUCACAGUGAAGUUGGCGCUUAUUCCAGCUGACUUGGGGCGAGAAAGGGGAAAACUGGUUGCACCGUGGACUAAUCGCCAGUCAAUCACAAACAGUCACGCACACACAAUUCAGAGUGUUCACUCAAUCAAGCACAGGAAAAACAUGCAAACACCUUGUUUCUUUCUGUGCCGUGCUCACCAUGUGCACUGUUCCAACAAAUGUUUGUACAGUAUAAAUGUGAAAUUUUUGAUGAUUUUUUUUUUUCUAAAGACUGUUAUAAUGUGUUAAAGUUGAAACUGAUGUUAUUGCUAUGAAUGUUUUUCAUUAAGUGAUAAAAGUAUUUCUUUUAAUGUGUAAAUGUAUUCGUGUAACUGUAAUGCUCAAAUGCCAGAUGAGUGAAAAUAUAUAAAUUACACUGUUUAUAGAGUUCAACUUGUGUAUUAAAUUAAUAAAGUUAAAAAAAAAUAAAAAUAAAAAUGAUUUUA